AUGACUACCACCCGUGAACAAAGCAACCAUGGCUCCAACGACCAGCUUUCUCCACCCGCAAAUCAAUUGUCAUUACUUGGGAAAUUACCGACCGAGAUCAUUCAACACAUUGCGUCUUAUCUCUCAGCUUCAGAUCUCGUCUGCCUCGGUGCUACUUGCCAGGCCCUCGCCGAUCAUGCAUCGGAUGACUUGCUAUGGGCUAACCUGGUGAACGAGAGACUACCUACGCCUAUCCGGACCCCAGGUCCCUUUGGGUCAUUUCGUCGUCUCUAUCUUGCAUAUCACCCUUAUUGGUUCAUUCCUCAACACAAGAUCUGGUUCGCAGACAAUGAAAACACGGGGAUGCUGAUCAUAGCUCGAUAUGAUGACCGUCGUGGUGUGAUUGAAGCAUACACGGUCGUUGCUGAACGUGGCACCCCUCAGUUUCAAAUGUGGACAUCACACCCAGAAGUUAUUAUACAGACUUUUGAACCCAAUGUACAUCUGGCACUGGAUGGUCCUAUCUUGUUUCUCCACGACCCUGAUCCGUCCUCCCGAACAGCCCCAAUCCAAAGCUUUUAUCCAACAGAGGAACGACACAUGUCCAUGGCUUCGGAUGCGCAGAAUAUCUACAACUCGCUGUCGGUAUGCGCUGAAUUUAGUCUCCGAGUACCUUGGGUCGAUCCUUCUUUGCUUUGGCCACCACCAACCAUCCCGGCUAAUGCGCACACAGUUCGUGCUUUGAGGAUUCCACCCCCAGAAAUACUGAACCAUUUGUCGGAAUCGUCAGAGUCGAUUUUUCGUCUCAGGCGGUGGGCAACCCCAGAGCUUAUGUUGCCGCAAGUGUGUGUGACUUUUUCAACUCUCGAUCCUGUCCUUUACACUCCCACUACAGAGAAACCCUACCAGGGAAUCUGGGUCGGAGACUACUCAACCCAUGGGUGUGAAUUCCUCCUUGUUCUCCAGAAAGAGAUGACAGCCACAACACACGGUGAUGAGAACGAGUCGCAGACAAUAGACGCUCAAGACGAGGUCGAACACGACAACCAAGGGGAUAUUGGACAGCAAGGUCCGUUACAGGCUGUCAAGCUGACAGGUGACCAUAAUGUUCCUCGUGGCCAGUUGUCAUUUGUUGCCCAAGAUAUUGGCCCCAAAGGCUUGAUUGGCGUCGGGAUGGAAGAGCCUUUUAUCGGUGCUCGAAUUGUGCGUUGCCGCGGUCAUGUGGCUGGACUUGGGUUCCGUGACGACGCCUACAUUGACUCCCAACUGAUCCUUAUUUCUCCUGACCACAUGGCUCAUUACUGGAAGGAAAUGGGUCAUGUCUCCUAUUACCGCCGUGUGAACAUUGAUGCUCUACUACAUAGUUGA